UUCCGAAGUCGUAGAGACGCCUCUGCUUCCACGUGUUUGUCUAACCGCCAUAAUCCACCGUGUGUGACAGACACUGAAUAUGCUACACUCUACUGUUCUCCGCACUCGCAUACUUCUCAAAUGCAAUUGACAUCUCAACAAAAUUUCAUGGAGAACGCUUUCCGUGAUUAACUCUCAAAAUUUGAUUCCGCAGCCAUGGACGCCUCCACGCAGCUCGUCGAUUCUCUGCGUUGCGCCUCCCUGCCGUCUCCUAAACCGUUCGCCCCCCUUUUUAAGGAAGCACAAUACCACCGUUCAUUUCCGAUUACCCGGAGAAGGAACGCCGUCGUGCGUGCAAUUGCGACUGAGCCUAAGCCUUCGGACACCAAGCCUUCUCCGUCCAAGGUAGUCAAACGAAGUGUAAAUACGACGUCAUCUCGACCAGUCAUCGGAUUCCCCAGUGGAGUCUCCACAAGAAUACAGGAUGUAUCACAAGAGAUCAAGAGAGUACGGGCUCAAAUGGAAGAAAAUGAAGAACUGGCCAUACUUAUGAGGGGGCUUAGAGGUCAAAAUCUGAAAGAUUCUCUAUUUGCAGAUGACAAUAUUAAGCUUCGCCUGGUUGAGGUCGAUGAGAGCAGCGAGUUCCUGCCUUUGGUAUAUGAACCUGCCAGCAUUGCUGCAUAUUGGGGGAAAAGGCCACAUGCUGUUGCAACGCGCGUUGUGCAACUAUUGUCUGUUGCUGGAGGGUUUCUUUCACGCAUUGCCUUUGAUGUAAUAAACAAGAAAUUCAAGGAGAAUGAGGUUGCUCGAGCUAUUGAACUGAGGGAGAUUGUGACAUCACUGGGUCCAGCAUACAUUAAGCUAGGGCAAGCAUUAAGCAUCCGGCCUGAUAUAUUGUCACCAGCUGCAAUGGUUGAGCUUCAAAAGCUCUGUGACAAGGUUCCAUCAUUUCCGGAUGACGUUGCUAUGACCCUAAUUGAGACGGAACUUGGACAGCCAUGGUCUAACAUAUAUUCAGAACUUUCUCCCUCCCCAAUUGCUGCAGCGUCUCUAGGACAGGUAUACAAGGGCCGACUCAGAGAGAAUGGAGAUUUGGUAGCUGUUAAAGUACAGAGGCCAUUUGUCCUUGAGACUGUUACGAUUGAUUUAUACAUUAUCAGGACGUUUGGUCUUGCCCUUAGGAAAUUCCCCCAGAUUUCUGUUGAUGUGGUUGGAUUAGUAGAUGAAUGGGCUGCUCGCUUCUUCGAAGAACUUGAUUACAUUAAUGAGGGAGAAAAUGGAACACUUUUCGCGGAGAUGAUGAAGAAAGACCUUCCUCAGGUUGUUGUACCUGCAACAUAUCAAAAGUAUACUUCCAGGAAGGUUCUUACAACACAAUGGAUAGAGGGAGAGAAACUGUCACAAAGUACAGCAAGUGAUGUUGGGGAUUUGGUAAAGGUUGGUGUGAUAUGCUAUCUUAAGCAGCUCCUUGACACAGGUUUUUUCCAUGCUGAUCCUCAUCCAGGGAAUUUAAUACGCACUCCAGAUGGAAAGCUAGCUAUACUCGAUUUUGGAUUGGUUACGAAACUAACAGAUGAUCAAAAAUACGGGAUGAUUGAAGCUAUAGCGCACCUUAUACACAGAGAUUAUGGUGCUAUAGUCAAGGAUUUUGUGAAGUUAGGUUUCAUUCCAGGAGAGGUAAACUUGGAACCAAUCUUGCCAGUGCUGGCUAAGGUUUUUGAUCAAGCGCUUGAAGGCGGGGGAGCAAAAAGUAUAAACUUCCAGGAGUUGGCAUCUGAUUUGGCACAAAUAACAUUUGAUUAUCCGUUUAGAAUACCCCCUUAUUUUGCUCUAAUCAUCCGGGCAAUAGGAGUUCUGGAGGGCAUUGCCUUAGUAGGAAAUCCUGACUUUGCCCUUGUGGAUGAAGCCUAUCCAUACAUUGCACAGAGGCUUCUUACAGAUGAAUCUCCACGUUUAAGGAACGCCUUAAGGUAUACAAUAUAUGGAAAGUCUGGUAUUUUUGAUGCUGAAAGAUUUAUCGAUGUCAUGCAAGCAUUUGAGAAUUUCAUAACAGCCGCUAAGAGUGGAGGUGGGGAGAAUAUGAAUGGGAGAAUGGCUGAACUUGGAAUCAUACAAAGUGGCCCAUCAAAUUACAUGCUUCCUGCUUUCCCUUGGACAGCUCCAGAGGGGUCUCGGGAGCCUAUUAAGACUAGAGCAGCCUUGGCAUUUCUAGUAUCUGAAAAGGGGAAUUUUUUCAGAGAAUUUCUUUUAGACGAGAUUGUGAAAGCAAUUGAUGCAGUUACAAGGGAACAAUUGAGGCAGAUAAUGAUGGUACUUGGAGUACACAAUAUAUCUCCCGUUUUUAGCAUGGUUCCUACUUUGGGGCUUACCAGACCAGCUUCUCUUCUGCCUACAAUAACUGAGGAGGACAGAGUGAUAUUAAACAAUGUGCAAAAGGUAGUUGGUUUCUUAACAAUGGGGACUGCAUUUUCAUCAAGUCAGGGAGUGAAUGUUGCAGGGGCAAUUCAGGAACUCCUCCCAGUGCUGCCGGGGCUAUCAGCUAAAGUGCUACCUGAGGUUAUCAGCCGAUUAUCUUUAAGAGUAGUUGCGCGUUUGAUACGAGAGACACUGUUGUAAAUCUAUAUUAUUGUGUGGAUGUUGCGAUUCACAUACGUACUAACGUACCUAUAUCUGUACUUUUAUAUCUAUAUCUGGCGGAGGGGUAACAGUAACACACCUUGAUUGAAUCAUCUUAUAAUGUAUCCAACCAAAUGUAGACUACCUGUAUAUAGUGUAAUCAAUGUAAAUCACCAAAUCCUGCUUGCUUUUAGUUUUUCUUUGAAUUUUUCCAUUAUUACAAGGUGCAUUGUCACUGUGGUUAUAUAUGCAUGCUAGGCACACACACAUGCCCA